AUGGGUGAGCUCAAAGCUGGUAUCUCUAAGGAUGGUCAACCUUGCGAGCAUGCCCUCUCUCCCUCUACUCUCUCUACUCUCUCUCAGGAUUCUCACUUCAGAGUAAUCAUCAAGUGGACGUCUACCUUCAUCAAGAAGGUUGGUUACAACCCCAAGUCUGUUCCCUUCAUUCCCAUCUCCAGCUGGCACUGUGAUAACAUGCUUGAGGAAUCCACCAACAUGCCAUGGUACAAGGGCUGGACUAAGGAGAUGAAGGCUGGUGUCAUUAAGGGCAAGACACUGCUUGACACCAUUGAUGCAAUUGAGCCCCCUGUUUGUCUAUCUCACAAGCCCCUCUGUCUUCCCCUCCAGGAUGUGCACAAGAUUGGUGGUAUUGGAACCAUACCAUCAAGUCCAUUGAGAUGCAUCAUGAGCAGCUUGUUGAGUGUGUCCGUCAGCUUCAAUGUUAAGAACAUGUCAGUCAAGGAUAUCUGUUGGGGGAACAUUGCUUCUGAUUCCAAGAAUGAUCCUGCUAAGGGGGCUGCAUCUUUCAACACCCAGGUCAUUGUCCUCAACCACCCCAAUCAGAUCUGCACUACACACCCUACCUACAAGAAUGAACCUGUUUGUCAUAUACUUCUUCUUCUCCUUUCAUUGACCAUCUCCUCACAGACAACACAGGCAAUCAUCACCUCACCACUUUUUCACACAUGA